AUGGUGUUUCCUACAUGGUUUGUCGUAUAUGGAGUGUUGUACAUGGUGUAUCAUACAUGGUAUGUUGUACAUGUGAUGUAUCAUUAUUGGUGUAUCGUACAUGGUAUGUUGUACAUGGUAUGUUGUACAUGGUAUGUUGUACAUGGUAUGUCCUACAUGGUCCGUCGUACAUGGUAUGUCGUACAUGGUGCAUUGUACCUGGUGUAUUGUACAUGGUGUGUUGCACAUGGUAUAUCAUACAUGGUGUAUCGUACAUGGUGUGUCGUACAUGGUGUGUCAUACAUGGUGUGUCGCACAUGGUGUAUCGUACGUGAGGUAUCAUUAAUGGUGUAUCGUACAUGGUUUAUCGUAUAUGGUAUAUCGUACAUGGUGUAUCGUACAUGGUAUGUCGUACGUGGUGUGUCGUACAUGGUAUGUCGUACACGGUGUGUCGGACAUGGUGUGUCAUAA